AUGGCUAAGGAGAAGAAAUGCAGCUUUCUUGUCGAAAGAGUUAAUGCCUUACGGAGCAGCCCAAACCCAAGUUGUUUUGCAUUGACGAGAGAGGCUUAUGAAGUUGAAAUGGGCGACGAUGCAACAGAAAUCGGAUGCCGAGAAUCUAUGCGUCAUGCACUUCUUCACAAGAAAUACCGGCCGGUGUCAAUUAUACAAGGUCCGAGUAAUAAAACGAUGGAUACAGCAUGCGAAGAUGAAGAAGGCAGACGUAACACCAAAGAGCGGAUUGAUAAAGUUUCGUACGGAACGUCAUUUCUCGUUGAAGAGUAUCACCCAUUGACAUACAUUAAAAAUGAAGACAAAUAA